ACGCGCGCUCUUGUCUCUGGGAGGUCUCCGGGGGUCCCGGGGUCCUAAGAGGUUGGGGGGUGUUGCAGUAGAGAGGAGUAACUAACGGGCCUCCCGUAGGAAAGGGUAGGGGUCUCAGAGACACACCCAAACACCCCAACCGAGAUUUCUCGUCCUCUCUCGGUGUCCUGCGCAGGAGGAGGGUUCCCUUCCCCAGCCCGACCCCAGUUUUAGGAAUCCCUAGACCAGAAGUAUGGCCUCAAAAGUCAAUGGAGAUAACCAUAAUGGUAACCUCUGGGAAGCUCACAAAGAUAUGCUGACACAGCCGCUGAAAGACAAUGAUAUAGAGGUAUAUACAAUCAUUAAGAAGGAAAAUCAUCGCCAGAAGACCGGGUUAGAACUAAUUGCUUCAGAGAAUUUUGCAAGCCGAGCGGUUCUGGAAGCUCUGGGUUCUUGCUUGAAUAAUAAGUAUUCAGAAGGAUUCCCAGGUCAGAGGUAUUAUGGCGGCACCCAGUUUGUGGAUGAAUUGGAGAUUCUGUGUCAGAAGAGGGCUCUGCAGGUCUAUGGCCUGGACCCACAAAGCUGGGGGGUCAAUGUUCAGCCGUACUCAGGUUCUCCUGCGAAUUUUGCAGUGUACACAGCCCUGGUGGAACCACAUGGAAGGAUUAUGGGUCUGGACCUGCCUGAUGGGGGUCACCUUACCCACGGGUUCAUGACAGAUAAGAAGAAAGUCUCUGCCACCUCCAUCUUUUUUGAGUCCAUGCCCUAUAAGGUAAACCCAAAUACCGGCUAUAUCGACUAUGACAAACUAGAAGAAAAUGCCCGCCUCUUCCACCCAAAGCUGAUCAUUGCAGGAAUCAGCUGCUACUCCAGAAACCUGGACUAUGCCCGCAUGCGGAAGAUUGCAGAUAAUAAUGGGGCAUAUCUUAUGGCUGACAUGGCCCACAUUAGUGGACUGGUGGCCGCUGGGGUUGUCCCCUCCCCCUUUGAACAUUGUGAUGUGGUGACCACCACCACGCACAAAACCCUUCGAGGUUGCCGGGCUGGCAUGAUCUUCUACAGGAAAGGAGUGCGCAGUGUGGACUCUAAAACAGGCAAAGAGACAAUGUACAACCUGGAGUCGCUCAUUAAUUCAGCCGUUUUCCCAGGACUACAGGGAGGGCCUCACAACCAUGCCAUUGCAGGAAUCGCGGUAGCUCUGAAGCAAGCCUUGACACCUGAAUUUAAGGCUUAUCAGCAACAGGUGGUUGCCAACUGCAAGGCCCUGUCCGAUGCCAUGACAGAGCUGGGUUACCACAUAGUAACAGGUGGUUCUGACAAUCACUUGAUCCUCGUGGACCUACGAAACAAAGGCACAGAUGGAGGAAGAGCUGAGAAGGUGCUAGAAGCUUGUUCUAUUGCUUGUAACAAGAACACCUGCCCAGGAGAUAAGAGUGCAUUGAGACCUAGUGGACUGAGGCUGGGAACCCCAGCUCUCACCUCCCGAGGACUACUAGAAAAAGAUUUCCACAGAGUAGCCCAUUUUAUUCAUGAAGGAAUAGAACUGACUCUGCAGAUUCAGAAAGACCUUGGUCCCCAGGCCACCAUGAAAGAAUUCAAGGAGAAACUUUCAGGGGAUUCAAAGUAUCAGGGUCUUAUCAAGAACAUCAGAGAAAAGGUGGAGAGCUUUGCAACUGUUUUUCCCUUGCCUGGGAUUCCUGAUUUUUAAAAUGAGACUGGACAUUGUCAGUAGUCUCUGAGUUUCAGAGCCACAUUGGAAGUAUUUAGCUUGAAGGCUACCCAGGUGCCAAAAGCCCCCUUUUAAGGCAGGAAGGAGAAUGUAUAAUUGGGAGGGUGGCUAAGGGAGUAGAAGGUUAGGGUUUGGGGGUUUUUUUUGGGGGGGGGGGGGUCUUUUUAAUGAGCUUUUCUAACAUCCCUACACUGAAAAAAUUACCGUUUAGCAGUGAUUGAGGACUUGAUCGUGUACAUCUCCAAAGGAUGGUGCACAAACCACACCAAAUCACGUUUUAAAAGUUCAUUGUUAGUCGUUUGGGGGAUACUUUACUAAUUAGUGAAUUUAUUUUGAAUCUUAUCUAAUUUUUGUGUAAGAUCGGAGUAUCCUAUAGCCAUUUGUCCUUCAUUCAAAUGAACAGUGAUGUAAUUUAAAAGUAUUACUUACUGGAGCAGCUCAGAAAACACCCAUGUUAAUAGUUUGUAAAAGUUGCUCCAUCUCAGUGUCAAUGUUGUUCGGUAGAAUGCCAGAAGAACUGAAUCAUGUCCGUUUUAGUUUGAGAGAAAAUUAUUGUGAAGCUUCAGCUAAGUAUAAAAUUACAAGCCUGACAAGUUUUGUGUCUGUUACGAUAUUAUGUAGGAGCUCAAAGUGCCUUAUAAAUGCUGUCUUUAAUCCUCAGUGCUUUGGAGAGGUAGGUGGCAAAUGUGACCUUUGUUUCCAGAGGGACAGAUCACAUAUGAGGGAUCACUGGCUGAGUCGUGGUACUUGGCAAUGACAGCCUUCUAUUCCAGUGUGAGACAUUAGUCUAGUCCCUACAAUCAGGGUACCUGAAGCUGUUGCCUUCCCAAAGAAACUAUUUUUCAAACAACUGAGUGCAAAACAGUAAUGACCAUUUUUAAUAAGCACAAUAAAAUUAACCACAGAAUGUGACAAGAAUUAUAGCUUUAAAAAUACAACCAAAUUUGUAUUUCAAAAAUAUCUGAACUCAAAUAAAUUAAUUUUUUACAGUACAUUUCUCAUACUAUUCAUUUGGCAUUAACUCAUACUUGUGCAGCAACACCUCUAAAAUGAUAUUACAGACAUGCCAAGUGUACUACUUCCAUUGGGCACUUGUUUAAACUACCGCUUACACAAUGGUCUGUACACACACUUACAGAUACAAACAAGUGAACAUGCAAUAAUAAAAAUAGUUUUUCUUUAAAAUAAGUGAGAAUUCAUCACAGCCCAUGUUCCUCACUGCAGCCUGAAAGGCAGCAUUUAUCUCGACCCAAUCAGUAUUCCCAACUCCUUAGUGUUUGAAUUGUCAGGGUGAGAUUGUACCCUGUACCUCUGCCUUCUCACAUAAAUCAGCCCAUCACCCUGUGGAUGACCUGAUUCACCAGUUUUUCCCAUCUUUGCUUCCAUCUGGGAUCUGACAUCAGUAGUGAAUUUUUGUACAGUGGUCUAAAGUGCACACACACACAACGGCAGCACUUCCUUCUGCCUAGGGGAUGAACAUAUUCUUUACAGGACUGGCAUUGACAGUUGGCACUGCCAAUUUGGAAGAGUUCAUUUCUUUCACUUCAGUAAAGGAACAAGCUAUUGACUGUAGGCCUGGGCCCAACAGUUCGGGUUACUUGGCCUCGAGGUACUCCUGUCCUUUUCCCAGUCUCAUGAACUCUGACUUUUAACUAUUCCUGCCUGCCUUCCCUUACCAGAAGCAUAACAGAACAUAAAAAUAUUCAGAGUCAUGACCACAAGCUUCUCAAAGCAGAGACAGAGGCAACUUAAGGUGUUGGAAAUUUCAAUUGUAUUACAUCCCAAUUUAGGAGCAGGGAAAACACUGUUGCCCUCCCUCUUUUUACCUGUGGAAUGAGUCCUCUUAUUUCCUAAUACAAAGCACAAUAUUGGAGGAAAGCCAGAAAACGAGUUCGACUUAAAGCAUAAAUCAAGACAUCCUUUCUGAACUCCUAGGGAGGCAAACUUGAGAAAAACUACUUGACCUCAACUCUUUUAGUGACCUUCCAAAGGCUGCUCUGAUGAAUUCAAUUAGUUUGAGAAGGUGUGCCCAGUUGUUGCACUGACAGACACCACAAAGAUAACACUAGGAACUAUGACCUGACAUGCAACACUGAGGGUUUGCUAGGAGGAUACAUGCUCUUGGUAUUGACAAAAAACCAGAUUGUUCCGAAAGCAAGCAAUCAUUUUUCCUUAGAGAUGCUUCAUAGAACCUUAGCAGCCCUGGCAAGCAUGCUAAAAACUUGGCCCCCUCUCAUCUUAAAAUGGGAUCAGGUUAUUCAUUUAGUUUUGAAUUAUAUUAUAUUCCAAAUAAAGAUUUGUCCAUAUACAUGAAUAGAAAUUUAAAAGUAUGCUUUGAAAAUUACAUGUUCCAAUUGGGUUGAUGGGAGACUGUAAUAAAUCUUUAAAACUGAGAAAUAUGUGAAACCACCCAACUUUUCCUUGCUAACAUUUAUGUAAAAAAUGAAAACUUCCAAACUACCAACUCCAGGUGGGGAACACUUGGUUUGGGGAAGCGAUGAAGCAGGAGAUGGAUUAAUAUGGCUUAAUACAUGCCUUUUGUUUGAAUUUUCUUAACAGGGAUUUUAAAACAUGUACCUAUCAGACUUCACAAGUCUGAUAAUCAGGUUUAUAAUUACCUAAUUCUUGCCUUAGUUAUUUUUCCCCCAAAAGGUGAUAUAAAACAGAAAAUACUAAAGAUUUAAACCUCAAACUUAAAAACAAAAGCUGUGUCUGUUACCUGAAAACAAAAUCUUGGCAACAACAACAAAGAUUAAAAAGUGGGGUUAAUAUUACCUAGUUUCUGGAAUGUGAUUAAUUACUUAAAUUUGAGUUUUCUUUUUAAAUGUUUUCUAUGAUACUGUGUUGAUUAAAAGAAAAAAACCUGAAGCA